AUGCCUCGUGAACGUCGUUGGUACACGUUCUUUCAUCCUAGGAGGGUUCUGCUAUUUGCAAGGCCGACACCCUUGGAACUUGCACGUACCAGGUUUCCGAAAUUGAACGAGGAACGAAUUCUCGAUAAAUUCAGAGAACAUGGCCGCAAUCCUGACGAAGUCCUGGAAAAGCACGAGGACCAGAUUGCGUUUGAAGAUCAGGUAGCACAGGUCUUGAAGAAAUUGGACAUCCAUUUGCGAUUGAUCAAGAAGUUCACGGUUGCCUGCAAGUGUACAAAAUGGGCUGACCUAGUGAUGCCGAUAGGAGGUGACGGAACUUUCCUCUUGGCUUCAAAAAUCAUCAGGAACAGUGUCACUCCCAUAAUAGGUCUGAACCCGAGAUACACCCGAGAAAACAUUCUGACACACCAGAUAAAAAGCAUCUACGAUGUCGAGGAAGUGUUUCAUAAAUUGUGGGUUGGAGAAUUCACUAUCCUCAUGAGAAGCCGAAUUCGUACCACGAUGAUAGGUGAAGGACUCUACAGAGGACCCUUUUUCCUCCACGAGAAGAGAGAGAGGAAGGAAGAAAAAAUCGACGAUUUGUUAAAGUUCGCCGACCAAGACACAACUGCUUAUCAGAAUAGAAGACGGUGCAGGAAGCUCCCUUGGCUGACGCUAAAUGAGGUACAGAUGGGAGAAUUUCUCGAAGCCAGAACGAUCGCUCUAACUAUCCAGGCGGACGGCGGUCAAGAGUAUCGCGUUCGGUCUUCUGGCAUAUGUUUGUGCACCGGAUCGGGUUCCAAGGCCUGGUUUCGUGCCAUAAACCUUCAGGGAAGGGAAGCUGUUCAGAUGGUCGUCAAAUUGGGAACGGGAAGAAAUCUGGAAGAUGAGGAAACUGACGAGCUGCUGGACAAGUAUCGCCGUUUCUUGACGUUUGCUCCAGAUUCUCGAUUAAUGUCGUACGUGAUUCGAGAGAUGUAUCGAGGUGAUUCCUGGCCAAAGCCAAAGGAAUGUCUUGAACGAAAUAUGUGUCGUAAACUCAGAGUAAAAUCUUUUGGAUCCGAUGCCGGCGUUAUUCUGGACAGUAGCAUAUCCGUUCCCUUUAACGACGGUACCACUGCAAUUUUCGAGGUGCAUCCAGAAGAUGCACUAAGAACUAUAGUCUUGCAAUAG